AUGUCUAUCCAUAUCCCAAAUAUCCUUUUGGCGAUUCCCAGGAACCCAGUGACCGCCGUUGGCCUACCUCUGGCCAUUGGUUUUUUGUCCGGGUCACCCCCUGCUUCCAAGGUCGCUAAUACUCACUGGUACCACGCCCUCAAUGCACCACCCGCAAGUCCUCCAAGGGAAAUCUUCCCAUUUGUCUGGACAUUGCUGUAUUGCGCCAUGGGAUACGCAUCGCAUGUAGCCGUGAAGGCCUUGGACAAGUCUGCCUUGAUACCCACUCGUGACGAUCUUUCCCUCGGUAUCGCUCUUUACUAUGUCCAGCUUGGAUUGAACUUCGUCUGGAGUCCUUUGUUCUUCGGAACCCACAACACCGGAUUGGCACUAGUCGACAGUGUCCUCUUAACAGCAACCACAUGGUAUAUGACGAAAGUACUGGAUAGGCCUACCGAUGGGAAGGCAACCUAUUUCCUUCUCCCAUACUGUGCUUGGUUGGGCUAUGCCACCUACCUCAAUGGUGGUGUAUGGUGGUUGAACGGCCCCGGACGCAAGUACCACGGCAAGGACGACCCCAAAUUGUAAAAGUGUUUGAUCAAUGCAGUUGUUGACGCAAUCAUCGAAGUAUUUCUUUUCACUUACAUUCACAAUCUCUUGGACGUUCUGUACAGUCAAAUUGUACUAGUAAUAUCAUGGCCACCUCCAGAGUAAUGAAUUUCUUCCUUUGUAUUGUCA